AUGCUCAGAAUUAAUCGUACUUCACAUUCACCAUCUGAUAGCAAACCAAAAAUGAGUGGAUCAUAUACAGGAUGGCCAAAUGAUCAAGAUCAAAAUCAAAAACUUAAUGGAGUCGGCUUUGUUCUCUUCAAGACAAAGGAAGCUACAAAAGCGGCUCUCGAAAAAUCCAUGUAUAAACCACUCAAAGGAAAGAUACCUUAUGUUAGCUACUUCCAAAUGAAAGAAGAACGUCAACAUCAAAAGGCCCUGAAUCGGAAGUUAGCUCUCUAUAAAUCAAAAAUGGUCCCAAGCAUAAAGAGUGAAUCUAAUGAAAAUCGAGACAAAUUCGCUCCUUAUUAUCCUCCGCAAGAAGUGACUUUAUCUAUUCCGGUUUCACAGCUGUCUUUUGCAAAAGAUUCCAUCUUAACUAAACUCAAAGAGCGUGGAUUUGGUAAAAGAAGGAUUAAAAAGAUUCUGAGUUCUAUUUCCAAUGAGCAAGCAAUAUCCAUGUAUAGCGAUUUACAAAAACUGAAUGACUGGAUAGAAUCAUUGGUUUAA